GUUUUCUCUGCUGCGUUCACAUCAUUCCGGACUCCAGAAUACUCGGCGGUCCUCGAAGUGCCCCUAAGGGGAACAAUCCAAGUAUUAAAGGAGAAACGUUGUUUCCGAUCUCGCCCUCAGAAAGUCAGUGCUCCUAGAAUUCGCGGUAAUGUCUUUGCCACGGUUUUUCCUCUUUGGGUCCCUCCUGUAUCUUGCUUGACUCGUAGUCUGUGUGAUGGCAUUAUUGCGAUGUCUGCCCCGCCUGGUCUAUUUCCCCAGCAUAAUCUUAUCCUAUAUCAAUUCGCAAUUGCAAUUUUAGCGGACUAAUGGACGUUUGAUAUUUGCUCAAUCAACUAAUAAUGGUAAAUAGUCCCGUGACCGGCUCGGCCGGCCCAAGGCGUCAACAUGCCUGCUGUACAUGGGGAUCUAGCAUCCAUGGUGAUACCUACAGACCAGGAGUUACUGCCCGAAAUCUAUCCUCGGCAAGUGACCCUUCGAGAUCGCGUUACUGUCGCGACUUUGGUGCCCUUUCUGUCUCCCGAUGAUGUGCCCUCAUCUCUGUUGGGCUAUCUAUCGGACCAAUUAAAUAGUGAGAUUGAAAAGGGUGAUACUUAUGCCAUGAUCGACCCUAUCCCGUACGAUCAAUUUAAGUACUAUUGGUUCUCUAACUUCGGUGCGAUCAUGCUCCUCGGCGAUAUUAAGAGUGCACAAGAAGUCCAAGCUAUGGACAGGGCGGGGGCAAAUUGGCUCAAACUCUGUUUGGGCAGUUUUACCAUCAGACCUAACUACCCUGGCCGUAGUAGUCAUAUCUGCAAUAGCAUGUUCCUGGUUACCGAUGCUUCUCGAAAUCGAGGGGUGGGUCGACUGAUGGGAGAAGGAUACUUAGAGUGGGCUCCAAAGCUGGGGUAUACGUAUGCCAUGUUCAACAUAGUCUAUGAGAGUAAUGUUGCAUCUUGCCGCCUCUGGGAUUCUCUUGGUUUCAAGCGGAUUGGCAGAAUACCAGGAGGUGGUAGGCUACUCUCCAAUCCCGGACAAUAUGUUGAUGCGAUUAUCUAUGGCCGGGAUUUGGGGCCCGAGGGUGAAGACUCUGUCACGCAGGAUCGCUUUGACAAGAUCCGAUAUUAUCUGAAGCAUUCGAAAUACCCUAGAGGCGCUGACCGGGCCGAGAAGAGCCGGCUCAGAAGUGCAGCCACUCACUAUAAGCUGAUUGAGGGGCAGGAUGGCGAAAGUGAGAAGCUGAUGCUGAAAGACAAAGAGGUAGUAUCAGACCCGCAGCAGCAAUACGAUAUUGCUCGGGAGAUGCAUGUUCAACAGCAUGCCGGAAUAAAUAAGACCACGGCAGCUAUUGCAGUCAAAUAUCAUUGGGUCAGGAUCAAGGAAACCGUAAGCAGGGUCAUCCGAGACUGUCCCCAGUGCAAGGAGACCCUCAAAUCUCCCUUGGCCAACCCGCUCUUCAAAAAUGAAGACGUGUUAGAAGAAGAGGACCAAACCAGCAGUCGCGAGAGCGAGCCUAGUAUGCCAACCAGCGAGAAUAUGGGAGCGAACUCUCUUAUGGAUCAUGUAUCCCUUGAUACCCACCAAAACCAGAAUCCGUUUGUCACCAGCCAUCAAUCUGUUGUUCCAGGAUCUGUAGAUUCCAUCAGCGAUUACGCAGUCAUACCUCUCGAUCCGCAAAUCAUCGAUAUCCACCAACAGCUUCCCCGAUUCCAAACCCAUGAUGCCAUGGCCGACCCAUACAACCACGGCCCCCACGGCUUGCCUAGCUCGCAUUUUGACGACAAUGUGCGGCAUCACGCAGCUAAUGAUUACCAUAUGAUGGUUGAUGACCCCUCUGAUGCAGACCCUGGAUCAGCGCUGCAUCAGGAUGCACUCGGGCUUGUCCAUUCCCAAGUAAGCGAUGUGCACCACGACCAGAUUCUAGCGAAGUAUCAGUAUGUUGGGCAACCAGAUGAUGACUUGGACUUUACAUAAUAAGCCGGCUACCCCUUUCUGAUUCUCAACCCAUUCAAUAUGUGAAACCUUUUUUUCACCCGUUUAUUUUUAUUUUAUUUUAAAUUUCUUUCGCUCCUUUGGGCAAGGAGGGUGGGCUUGUCUUUUUCGUUUAUUCAGCAUCUCUCGACGGCGUUAAGUGCAAGUUGGGCUUGCAUUAUGAUCAUUGGAUAAUUCCGGUUGUGGAAUUCUGUAUUAUAUGGCAACAGAAUAGGAAGCGACAUGAAGAUCGUAAUAAAUGAUAUGUAAUCGGUCAAUAAAAAGAUUUGCAGGCUUUUG